CCGCCAUCUUAGUGGGGGGUUUUGAAACACGGUCGAAAAGAUAAAAUGCCACACUUUUGUGCUGCUUUUGGGUGUGCAAAUGAAAGAAACAGCAAAACUAAGCAACGGGGGAUCACGUUUCACAGGUUCCCAAAAGCUAAAGACAAAAGAGAGGCAUGGAAGGCGGCACUAAGGAGAGCCAACUUUGAGCCAAGUAACCACUCAGUGCUCUGCAGCAGUCAUUUCAAGCCUGAGGACUUCGAUAUGACAGGACAGACGACGCGGUUAAGAGAAGGAGUGAUCCCGUCGGUUUUUAAGUUUCCUGAAAAAACUCGCAAAGUGCAAAGUCCAUUAAGGCCAAAAAUGUUGGCAAGAAAAACAGUGAAAUCAGCCAAAUCAGUGCAAAAAGAAGCAGCAACACGUUCAGUAAAAACAGACACUGCUAAAAGUCCUAAACAAACUGCAGCUGCAGAAUGUCCAGACCAGGAUGUUGUUGAAGAUGAUGGUGGGGUUUGCAUGGAGGUGUCAGAGGACCCCAAAGAGCCAACAGCAGUGAGAAAACCAGUCCAGGUGUCCCCUCCAUCCAGGUCUAGAAGGGCAGCACAAACAGCAGCAGCAGCAAAUAGUCUCAAUGUUGGAACUGUGCUGCCAGAGCCCAAGAAGAAACCAACGUCAGUGAGUGAGCCAGUUAAACAGGUAUCCAGUACCUCCACGCCCCAAAGGACAGCGAGAAAAACAAUUAGAAAACAGCCGGCACAGACAGCGUCUACAAAAGUAAGAAAAGAAUUAGCAUCAUGUCCGGUGAAAACAGCACCUGUGAAACUUCCAGUUAACGUGAAGCAACCAGAGGGCCCGAAGGAGCCAACACCAUCGAGUGAACCAGUAGCAUUGGACCAUCUGUAUACUCUGGACCCAGAUAAUAUGAAGAAAAAGUUGGUAGAGGCUCAUCAGAAGGUGGAAGAAUUGACUCGAGAGUUAAGAAAUGUCAGGGAUCGAGAGAGGAGGCUCAGGAAAAUAGUGACAAACCUGCUGGACGAUUUAAAAAAACUGAGACCUGGUGGCAGUGGAGCUACAACACAAGCGUGACGAAAGCUAGACGUCUGCUGUGGUUGUUUGGACUGACCUGCUCCUUCCUUUUAACACUGGAACCAGCUCUGCUUAAGUUUGACUGAUAAAAAGUUUAUGUCCUUCUCACCUUUGUUAAGGUUUAUUUUGGGCUUUUAUGCCUUUUAUUUAGAGAGAAGACAUUGGAUAGAGUCUAAAACAGGGAUAUGAGAAUGAAGAAUGACGUGCAGGAAAGGAGCUACAAGCCAGACUUGACCGAGCCGGCCGUGAACAUGGGGUGCCACCUUACCUCUAGACCAGUGGUUCUCAACUGGUCAUGAGUCAGGACCCACUACUGUCUCCUUUAUCUAUAAAUUGCAACCCCAAUUUCUUAAAAUUUUCCAUCAUAAAAUUUUAUGAAGUCAGUAAUUCAUCUGGAUUAAAACUUUGAAUUUUUAUCCAACCACUGCAGCCAUAUCACAUUAACAUGUCCACCUGAAGACAUAGCUUGAUAGCGCCCCCUACUGGCCACAGUCAGUCACAGCACUGGGUCUUUUGUUUAUUUCUCUUAUUGUACUGAACUUAUAAAGCCCCAAUCUUUAGAUAAAAGCCUCAAUAUUUCUCCUUAACUCCAUUUCAAUGUCUCACCAUAAAACAGGAAGUUGGUGUAACUCUCAUAUUAAACAUCUGCUUCUCUGGACAUUUAAAUGUUAACUUCCUGAAUGCUGUGACACCACCUACAUGUUGAUUUUCAAGAAAAAAGCUAGAAAUGUUUUAUUUUAACAAGUCAGAAAUUCAUCUGAACUAAAACGGAUUUUUUUAAUUAACCACUGUUUUCGGUUUGGGUUCUUGUAAUCUUCCGACUUUUGUCUGUGUUCUUCAAAAUUUUAUGACCAAACAGCAGUAUCUCAAUCAACAUGCCCACAUGAAAACAACUCUUGAAUGCGCCUUCUACUGGUCACAGGAAGUUACAGCACUGGGUUCUUUUUUCCCCUGCUAUUGUACUAAACCGAUAAAGCCCAAAUUUUGAAAUAAAGGCCUCAAUAUUUGUACUCAGCAUCAUUUCAGUAUCUCACCAUUAGACAGGAAGUUGGCAUAACUCUUAUAUUAAACAUCUGACUGGUUCACACAUGAUCACUGUCUUCCUCACAGAUUUAAAUGUUUCUGUCAUAGUUGGUUGUAGCACCACCUACUUGUUGAUUUUUUAAGAGAAAAGCUAGAAUUAUUUUUGUUUUAACAAGUCAGAAAUUCAUCAGAACUUAAACUUUGAAUUUUUAUCCAACCACUGUUCUAAAUUUGGAUUCUUGUAAUUUUCUGAUUUUUGUCUACAUUCUUCAAAAUGUUAUUACGAAACAACAGUAUCUCAAUGUAUAUGCCCACUUGAAAACAUCUCUUGAAAAUCUCUCCCUGCUGGCCAAAGAAAAUCACAGCGUUGGAUCUUUUGCUCAUUGCCGUUAUUGCCCUGAACCUAUAAAUCCCAAGUUUUGAAAGAAAGGCCUCAAUUUUUUUUUGCUUAGUGUCACCUCAGUAUCUCGCCAUUUGACAGGAAGUUGGUGUAACUCUUGUAUUAAACAGCUGACUGGCAUCAAAUUUCACAUGCACGAUCAAGGUCUGCUCGUCUCCACAUUUUAAUGUUGAUGUCAUGGUUGGCUGUAGCACUCCUCACAUUUUGAUAAAAAAAAAGCUAUGAAUUUUGUAUUUUAAUAAGUUGGAACUUUAUCUAAAUUAAUCUUUACAUUUUUAUCCAACCACUGCUUCCAGGUUUUUUUAGUUAAAUUAUACAACUUUUCUGUGUUCUUGAAAAUUUUAUGACAAAACAGCAGUAUCACAGUUAACAUGCCCGAAAACAUCUCUCGAAAGUGCUCCCUGGUCAUCCCUGUUAUUGGACUGAACCUGUAAAGCCCAAAUUUUGAAAUUGGGGCCUUAAUAUUACUCAUCAGCAUCACUUCAAUAUCUUGCCGUUUGACAGGAAGUUGGUGUAACUUUCUUAUUAAACAUCCAACUGGCUUCAGAUUUCACAAAUAUGAUCAAGAACUACCCCUCUACACAUUCAAAAUCUUAAUUUAAUUGUUUACUGCUAUUGUGGCACCUACUUGAUCAUUUUCAAGAGAAAAGCUGUUUUUUUAUUUGUGUCAUUCAUUUCAACUUUUUUCCUGGACAUUUACAGAUACUCUAUGUUUUUGAGUUUCCUAAUAUGCUGUCAUAGUUUCUAAUGAAAAAUGUGUAUAGGUGUGUGUGUGUGAAUAUAUGUGUAAAUAUAUAUAUUUUUUAUGUUCCAUGU